AUGAACACCCAAAGAGACCGUCGGGAAGUGUGGUAUAACUGGGAAAACGUAAAGGGAGAGUACGAAGGGAAGAUUUCUGUAGCCUUGGGGAAACAAUAUGUCAUCAAAUUUAAUGCCCUGGAGGUCUAUCCCUACACCGAAGAGACUCAGGGCUUUUCAAAUAGCCCCUCAGGAAACAUUUUCGCUGGGAAAGUUUACGCCUGCAUUUCGCGCUUUCAUCUCGCUGGUAGCCCAUGCGCACAGUGCUUGGUCGAUGCGGUCGAAAGGUUCGUCGAAGAGUACGGCGAAGACGGCAAACUCCAUUUCAAUGAAGCCGUAAGCAACGGAGAGUUUAUGCUCAACGUAAACGAGAGCAUCAAUGCGUCUGUCAUUGGAUGCGAAGUCAAGGAUGGAACCUACCGAGUUCUCUUCAGAUACGAUUGCCUUGGCUACAAUCAGAGCACCAUUUAUGAGACGAUGUUGACCUCAAUCGACUCCACUCCACGGGAAGGUUCCCCGGUCGAAAUUAAAGCCUCCAUUACCACCUAUUGGGACGGAGGAGCAGAGGACGUCCAUCAGGCGAUAGGCAAAAUAUUGACGAUGCCCGAUGUCGUGAUCGAUCCCAACUUCGAAGAGAACUACGCAGCGAUGGGGCCCUAUUUCCGUGAAUUGGAAGGAGAAGUUCGCCAACGUCACUCUUGA